AUCGCUUUUAUAGGCCGAAAGCUUCUAGAAUCCCACUAUAACCUUCUGUUAGGUUUGAAGGCGCAGCUCCUCCGUCCGAGUAAAGCCGGGAGAUUCAUCCAUGGCGUCCAUCAGGAUACUUCAGGGGCGUUUCACCUCUAUCUUUUCCCACAAUCGGCGGCUUCUUCUGAAUAGCCGAGCUGUUAGAAGCAUCCAAGUCCAAGCCGAACAAUCAGAUCGCCAUGAUGACGAAUCUCAGGACUCGAAACCUACUCGCAAUGAUUCACAGAGUCCCACCAACUACACAGCCACAUCCAAUUUGAAAACAUCAGCAAGACAUGAUCUAGCCAUGAUCUUCACCUGCAAGGUAUGCGAGACUCGAUCUGUGAAAACUAUGUGCCGUGAAUCUUACGAGAAAGGCGUCGUUGUCGCUCGAUGUGGAGGCUGUAACAAUCUCCAUCUCAUUGCCGAUCACCUCGGCUGGUUCGGAGAAUCUGGAAACGUUGAGGAUCUCCUGGCAGCUCGAGGUGAGGAGGUGAGGAAAGGUACGAUAGACACACUGAAUCUUACUUUGGAGGACCUCAUCGUAACCAAAUCUUCUUCAUGACUGUUUUGUUCCCCUAAUGAAUUCAAACUCUCUUUGGGAAGUGUACUAUUAUUUGUUUUAGGGGGCAUUUACACACAUACCACACAAUUCUAAUGUAUUCACAUAUCUAGGCACCUAAAGUUUCAUACAUAUUUACAUUUAUAACACAGAAAGAUUUAACAUCACAUAAAAAACUCCAUUAUAAAUGCAUCUUUUCGUGCAUGUUUAUGACACCAAGAUAUUAUAAAUUUAAAAAUCAAAUUUUAGAUGUUAGGUAUGAAA